CUUUUAAUACACUUUAGUUAAUGGAAUCUUGACUUAAAAGAAGACUUUUCUUUUCCAUGUUUCAUACAAAUCAGUAAAGUUGAGUCACUGUAUUUACUCUCAACUUUCAAUCAUCUGUCCAGAAAAGUGAUUGUUUUUGCUCUCAAAUUCUCAGUUAAAAUGUCUGCCAGACGCCAUCAAUCUGAUGAAGUCCCUAAGGUUAUCAAACUUAAGAUUAUAAUGGACAAGACUAGAGACCGAGUAAUAUUUGCAGAGUCGGACCAUGAGUUCAUUGAUACACUGUUUUCAUUCUUGACACUCCCUUUAGGCACUAUUCUAAGACUUCUUGAUAAAGAUAUGGUUCAACUUGGAUCAAUAAGCCGGGUUUACGCCAGUGUUUACUCCAUUGAUCCAAAAUUCAUGCAUACAAGCCAUUGUAAAUCCAUGUUGCUCAUGCCUAGAAACACAUCAGAGACUCAUUGUGGAAAGUUGAAGCUCAAUGUUGACCAUUCGGAGAAUGCAGGGAAGUUGUUUUGCUGUUCUAACUAUCAGUGUAGAAAAUUGGUCAGUUUCUUGCAGAAUAUGCGGUGCUGCGGGUGUGGAAAUUUGAUGGUGCGUUCGACAAGACUUUUUGAGGAGGAAGAGAAGGGAAGUUGUGGGGAAGAAAGUGCAGUUGAAGUUUUUCUAAAGGGUGGGGCAGCAAGUUUUAUGAUAACAGAUGAUUUCCAGGUAAUGCCAGCCUCAACAGCUAGUUAUGUAGAAUUGUUUGAAAAGCUUGAAGUCAGUCACAGGAAUGAGAUUGAGGCAGUGACUAUGGAAGUUGGCAUCAAGGAGGUACUUCAACUGCUGAAAUUCUCAUUGCUCUCCACGACACCUUUGACAAAUAUGGUACUGUCUAGCAAGGAAAACUGGGUAAGAGAUACAUCAAAGUUUAAAGAUGGUCCAACAGCCAAGUCAGACAAGAAGGGCAUACCUCAGAACAUAAAUAGUAUGAGCAUGAAGCUUAUAGUUAGCAAAAGUAAGAAAAAAGUGUUGUAUGCAGAAGCUGGGGUUGAGCUUGUAGACCUCCUUUUCAGUUUCCUCGCAUUCCCUUUAGGGGCUGUCGUAAAGCUUCUAGGUUGCAACUCAAAACUUGAUUGCAUAGACAAUUUGUACAAAGGUGCUGAUGAUUUGAGUUCACGAAACUAUUUCAAAUCAGAAGAGUGCAAAAACAGGCUACUCUCUCCAAAAUUGUAUCCACACUUUGGUUACAACAGUCAUAUACUUCAGCUCGAAGAGGAAACUCCAAAAUGUAGGCUUGACAGAGAAAAUUUAGCCCUACCUUUGUUACAACAAUCUGACAAAGCAGCACGAAAUGUAGCUGUCAUUUUGGACCCAAAGUCUCCAACAGGAGAAACUGUAAAUGGGGAAGGAUACUUGAGAGGGCCUGCAACAUUUAUGAUAAUGGAUAAUUUGCUAGUCUCUCCUUUUUCCCCUACCUCAAGCAUAGCUCUACUUAAGCAAUUGAAGGUGCCAACCAGUGACGUGGAGGAACGCAAUGUCAUUGUCGGAAAGGAUGAGGCCCUGAAUUUGCUGAAAGCUUCUUUAAUUUCAAAAACAGUUCUGAAUGAUGUUUUCAACAGGAGGGAACCCUCUCCCGAGAUUAUGCUAAAAGUUUAAACUUUCAACACAACGGAUACGUGAUCAUCGUGGUAUGAGGUGUUCAUCUUGCACCCCUAAGUUUUUGCUUAUAUACAAAUUUGCUUGGUUUGUAAGAGAUUGUUAUUGGACUAAGACGACUUAAAUGGAGCGAUGUGGACAAUGAAGAUUCAUAUCGCUGAUUACAACUUGCUUGAGCUUGAAGCGUAAUUGUUGUUGUACUAGAUCACAGUUAUAUCAUCGAUUGAGCUGAGUGUGGAUGAUAUAGGUUGUAAAAACAUUACUUUUGUAUCUGUUUGCCUAGGGAACAAUGGUGAUAUCAUCUGACUAAUGGUGGCCAAAAAAUUCUAUAACCCUUUAUUUCAAAACGGUAAAGGUAUUUUAUAAAGCUUUCAUUGUUCCUA